CGCGUCGCAAGAAGAAGACGUACUGUGCUGUCUAUAGAACAAUAUCAAAGACAUCGGUUGAAUUUGACGUUUGUUGUUGUAUUGUAUUUUGGUGACAAGUUUAUAAUUAAUUGUUAAGUGAUUUUCUGUGGGUGUUUUUGAGGAUUUAAUUGACGAAAUAAUGGAUGACAGGAAAGAGAUCGAGAAGUUUUAAAUGCGCCGUCCAUCACAGAGAUAGAGAAGUCUCUUCCGAAAACGAUUUUCACUUGUUACUAGUCGAGCCACCACUGUUUCGCAGGAUGGUUACAAUAGUCGCCGAUGAAUUUUUAACAGACGCCAGAGACCGAAAGUACUAUGCGGACCACUAUACGUGCUGUCCCCCACCACUUUUCAUCAUCAUCAUCACCCUCGUCGAGCUGGGAUUUUUUACAUACUACUCAAUAAGUACGGGUGAACUAAAUCCAGCCGGUCCUGUUCCUAUAGAUUCAAUUUUUAUAUACCGACCUGACAAAAGGACCGAAAUAUGGAGGUUUCUACUUUAUAUGAUGCUACAUGCUGGUUGGUUACACUUGGGCUUCAACUUGGUGGUGCAACUUUUGGUGGGUCUGCCCUUGGAGAUGGUCCACGGUUCGGGGCGCGUUUGCCUGAUCUACAUGGCGGGCGUUGUUGCCGGUUCUCUGGGCACCUCGGUAUUCGAUACCGAUGUUUGUCUUGUCGGCGCGUCGGGCGGCGUCUACGCCCUUUUGGCGGCGCACCUCGCCAACGUGCUGCUCAACUACAACAACAUGCAGUGCGGGAUACUGAGGCUGUUCGGGAUUUUUGCGAUAGCUUCAUGUGACGUGGGCUACGCAAUCUACUCCCGCUACGCGGCCGAAACAAUGGGCCCGCCGGUCUCCUACGUGGCCCAUUUGACCGGCGCCCUGGCUGGCCUGACGAUAGGCCUCCUAGUCCUAAAAAACUUCGAGCAGAAACUGCACGAACAACUUCUGUGGUGGAUAGCGCUCGGGGUCUACGCGGCCUGCACGAUUUUCGCCGUGCUCUUUAACGUGAUGAACCCCACCGUCGAAACUCUGGAGAAUUUGGGCGACGGCGUCAACAGCCAGUACGUUUACAACCGAUUCGGGGUCUAGGCGACCCCGCGGGUAUCGCAUACCCCGGUCGUUUUCGAACGUUCGAAACGUUAUGAGCGAUUCGGGGGCGUGGGUCUCGCUUACCCAUGGAGUGGGUAUGUGAGACCCUAGGCGCAAAGUAAGUGUAAAUAUUUGUAUUUUGUAUUGUUGAUACUAAAGGAAUUCAGAAUUUCCUUGCCCAGUUCAAUUUUGGAAGUUGUUUCCAAAGUAAGUGGUGUAACUUAAAUAUUACUUUUAAUAUUUAAG